AAAAAACAGAAAUUAAUAAUCCGAUUAGGACAAGUAGGUGUAGGAGGUUGGUGCAAGCAAAUCUUUCAAGUAGAAGAAAUAAAAAAACGAACAGUGGCAAAAAGCUUUCAUCCGGUUGCUUAUCGGAGCCAACGGUUUAUCUCAGAUCCGAUCAUAUAUCUCACGCGGGUUUCUGUUAGGGUUAGGGUUAGCUUUUCAAUUUCACUCAACCGGCGAUGUACAGCGACGGCGAAGCUCAUGACGCUCCUCAAACCCAGAGAAAAAUCCCCCCUGCAUCCUCCAUGUUGUGGGUCCGCAAUCUCCGUCGUUUCAUCGGAUCCGGUGCCGGUCUUGGAUCCGAAGCUUUAAUGGAACUUGAAACAAAAAGAAUCUUGCUUGAUAUUUUUAAAGAUAAGCAGAAGAAAAGUGCUGAAGCUGGUACAAUUCCCAGUUUCUACAAGAAGAAACCUGAAGAGGGAUCAAUCAGUCAGAGAGUACAGAGAUUGGCCAAGUAUCGUUUUUUGAAGAAACAAUCAGAUCUUUUGUUGAAUGCUGACGAUUUGGAUGCAAUGUGGGUCUGCUUAAGAGAAAACUGUGUGAUUGAUGAUGCUACUGGUGCAGAAAAGAUGAAUUAUGAAGAUUUUUGCCACAUUGCCUCUGUAUGUACAGAACAAAUAGGUCCUAAAUGCCGACGAUUCUUUAGUCCUUCUAACUUUAUGAAGUUUGAGAAGGAUGAGCAAGGAAGAAUUGCCAUUCUACCAUUUUACCUUUACGUGAUGCGCACGGUUUCACUUACACAAGCAAGAAUUGAUAUGAGUGAGCUUGAUGAGGAUUCUGAUGGUUUCCUUCAGCCACAUGAAAUGGAAGCGUAUAUACGAGGUCUUAUACCCAACUUGGCACAAUUACGUACUAUGGAUGCAGGCUUUGUUCCAAUGUAUUGUCGUAUUGCUGCACACAAAUUCUUCUUCUUUUGUGAUCCUCAUAGACGAGGUAAAGCUUGCAUCAAGAAAGUGCUGCUUAGUAAUUGUCUUCAGGAACUAAUGGAGCUUCAUCAGGAAAGCGAAGAAGAAGUCACGGACACAGAACAGGCUGAAAACUGGUUCUCUCAGACUUCUGCCCGACGUGUAUGUGACAUGUUUAUUGCUCUUGAUAAAGAUUCAAGCGGUUCAUUGAGCAAGCAUGAGCUGCGAGAAUAUGCAGAUGGGACCCUGACUGAGAUUUUUAUUGAGAGAGUGUUCGACGAACAUGUUCGCCGCGGGAAGAGUUGUGGUGGAAAGACAAGGGAGAUGGAUUUUGAGAGUUUCUUGGACUUUAAUCUGGCUUUAGAAAACAAAGACACCCCAGAAGGCUUGACAUACUUGUUUCGUUGCCUUGAUCUUCAAGGGAGGGGUUACCUUACUACAGCAGAUAUUCACUCUCUUUUCAGAGACGUACACCAUAAAUGGAUUGACGGUGGCAACUAUGAACUUUGUAUUGAAGAUGUACGGGAUGAAAUCUGGGAUAUGGUUAAGCCAGUAGAUGACCUCAAGAUCACAUUGGUUGAUCUACUGGCCUGCAAACAAGGUGGUACUGUAGCUAGCAUGCUCAUAGAUGUGCGUGGUUUCUGGGCUCAUGACAACAGAGAAAAUCUUCUACAGGAAGAAGAAGAACCAGAGGAAGAAUAGAUUUGCUCCGGGUCACCACUAACCGAGAGCUGCUGCCUUAAAUUUAAUACAUUUCAACCUAGAAUUCUCACAUGUUGUAACCCGUGUCAUUGUAUGUGGAAUUAGUUGUGUUCAUCUUAAUAUUAACUGUAAAAACACCGUAGGUUAUUGUAUAUCUAGCCAUUGGUUGGCAGUUAGAAUUUGAACUUCUUAUUGUAGCCAAAUGUUUGUCAUGUGAUCGAGAAUAUAAGCUAAUAAUAUUGGUUUGUUGUGCAUGGAUA